GGCUCUUCUUCGAUUUCCGGCAACCCCAGGAGGUUUCCGCUGUCAUGGCGGCCUGAGGUUUCUACCGUCGCGCUGGUCGCUACGGCCGUCCGUCAGGCGGCGGAGUUGCUAGCCCGGCGGACGGGGAUGUGACCGCGGGCCCCGCCGGCCUGUCCUGGGCUCCGCGCCAGCUCUCCUGCCCGUCUCCCGCCUUCCUCUCUGCCCGCCAUGGCGGGGUCUGGUUGCGUGUGGGGCGCGGAGCCGCCCCGUUUCCUGGAGGCCUUCGGACGGCUCUGGCAGGUGCAGAGCCGGCUGGGCAGCGGCUCCUCUGCCUCCGUGUACCGGGUGCGUUGCUGCGGGACUCCCGGAUCGCCGCCCGGGGCCCUCAAGCAAUUCCUGCCGCCCGGCACCACCGGGGCUGCCGCCUCGGCCGCCGAAUACGGCUUCCGCAAGGAGAGGGCGGCGCUGGAGCAGUUACAGGGCCACCGAAACAUCGUGACCCUGUAUGGAGUAUUUACGAUCCAGUUUUCUCCAAAUAUGCCAUCACGCUGUCUACUUCUUGAACUACUGGAUGUCAGUGUUUCGGAACUGCUUUUAUAUUCUAGUCACCAAGGGUGUUCCAUGUGGAUGAUCCAGCACUGUGCCAGAGAUGUUUUGGAGGCCCUGGCUUUUCUUCAUCAUGAGGGUUAUGUCCAUGCAGACCUAAAGCCACGUAAUAUACUAUGGAGUGCAGAAAAUGAGUGCUUUAAACUCAUUGACUUUGGUCUUAGCUUCAAAGAAGGCAAUCAGGAUGUAAAGUAUAUCCAGACAGACGGGUAUCGGGCUCCAGAAGCAGAAUUGCAGAAUUGUUUGGCCCAGGCUGGGUUACAGAGUGAAACGGAAUGUACCUCAGCUGUUGAUUUGUGGAGCCUCGGAAUCAUCUUACUGGAAAUGUUCUCAGGAAUGAAACUGAAACAUACGGUCAGAUCUCAGGAAUGGAAGGCAAACAGUUCAGCUAUCAUUGAUCAUAUAUUUGCCAGUAAAGCUGUGGUGACCUCUGCAAUCCCAGCCUAUCACCUCAGAGACCUUAUCAAAAGCAUGCUUCAUGAUGAUCCAGGCAGAAGAAUUCCAGCUGACAUGGCCUUGUGCAGUCCUUUUUUUAGCAUUCCUUUUGCCCCUCAUAUUGAAGAUUUGGUAAUGCUUCCUACUCCUGUGCUAAGAUUGUUGAAUGUGUUGGAUGAUGACUAUCUUGAGAAUGAGGAAGAAUAUGAAGAUGUGGUAGAAGAUGUGAGAGAGGAGUGUCAGAAGUAUGGGCCAGUGGUGUCUCUGCUUGUUCCAAAGGAGAAUCCUGGCAGAGGUCAGGUCUUUGUUGAAUAUGCAAAUGCCGGCGAUUCCAAAGCUGCCCAAAAAUUACUGACUGGAAGGAUGUUUGAUGGGAAGUUUGUUGUGGCCACAUUCUACCCACUGAGUGCCUAUAAGAGGGGAUAUCUGUACCAAACCUUGCUUUAAUCACUGACCUGCUGUCAGGAUACUUGUUAGCUCCUCUUCUUCCAUUUUCUAGGUUAUUGUGUUUCCCAUCUGAAUGCAAAAGAAGCUUACCAUCCUAACAGGAGUAAUUUGUAUAUUUAAUCCUAUUGGCCUACCGCGUUUUCCAAACCGUGAUUGCAAACUAAAUCAUAUUUCAUCCUGAGUAGGACAGGACCAGAAUUCUGCCUAAACACUGAGGUAAUAGGAUCCAUGUGGCAUCCCUUAUCUCUGCAAUAGGGCAGGUACUGACAUUCAAUGUAGAAUCCAGAAAAGAGUAAUUCAGUUAUAUGGUCAUGGAACAAGAGUUCUUGAUAACAUGUUUCAAUGAGUGUUUCACCAAAAAUAUUAGGAUGUUAACACCAGUUAGAGAUUCUUUUUGUCUUGUCAGGUAAUUUUUCAUAUAAUUGAUAUCCAUAACUGGCAUUGGAAGUUCUCAGUACUAUUAAGUAAUUAAUGCUUAGGCAGUAAUUUACUAGUUGGUUUUUAACAUGGAGUUGUGAUUUAUUUUUUAAAGGACUACUAUAGCCCUGAAUGUUCCUUUAAAGAAAUUCUGGUGAGGCUACCUAAACAUUUUUAUUUUAAUUGAAACAUUUACAUUGGAAAGUUAAUGAUUAAUCUUGCACAAUUCUUAAGCCUGGGGUGUGUGUGUGUGUGCGCGCGCACGCUCGCACAUGCGCGCGUGUACAUGUACAUAUACAUAUAUGUUUGUGUGUGUGUUUGUAUGAUUGACAGUCAGAUGUGUAUCUUCUGUUGGUUAAUACAGUUUAGGCUUAUUAUUUUCCCCUAUAUAUCUCAAACCUAUAAGAUAUGAGAAGUGAAUUUGGUAACGCAGGUGCUCAGUUGUAAUUUCCAUAUAUUUCAAAAUAGGCCAUUAAUUCCCAAGCAGUUUAUGGCAAGCUUUGGGAUUGGAAGAAAAAUGGAAAGGGGAAAAGCAAAAUCUAAACUGUACUUACUUUUUUUUUUAAAUAUAUAUUGAAAUCCUCUUAAAAGUGAAUCUAAGGAAUUGAGGAAUUUAUUUACUUUAGGAGUUUUGCUACACAAAUAUUUUCAUAUCAUCCAGUCUUUUGUAGGACUCAUAAAGUCCAGCAGUAAGACUUCUUGAGCUAUGCUUUUCUCUGCUGUAAGGAAAUUGAACUGGGAUCAAAAGGAUGGAAUUAGAUAAUAGAUUUAAGAAGGCGAAGAAAAGUCAGCAAAAGAAGUAGAAGGUCAAAUUUUCCUUUUUUUAAUAUUCUCUUCUUUUUGGUGGAAACAGUAAUUGAAGGAUCUAAGUGGACUUUGGCUUUAGACUGCAAAUGGUUUAGGAAGCAAUAGAGACACGCUGUUAAUGGAGAGGUGAAGAACAAAGAGACAGAGAAAAGUACCUCUGUACUUGGCUCUAAGGGAUUCAGAAUCUAAGCUGCUAAAUCAAAUGUGAUACGAGGAUUUCAAUAUUAAUGAGUUAAUUAGAUGUAUAUUCUGUUUAUGCAGUUAUGUUCCUCAUAGUGGUGCUUGAGACUAUUUUCCCUAAUAUGUUUCCUUUAAAGGAUUUCACUGUUUUAAAAUUAGGAAGUGUGAAUAUCAAUAGAUAGCACUGAUGCUCUCAACUUCUAAUGAGUGUAAAAAAAAUUGUAUAAUAAUAUGAAUUGUCUGUUCCCUUAUAUGAACCAAGUGUUUUUGUAAAAAGGAAAAUGUCUUGUUCUUUCCAGAUUGGAAACUGAUAGCAUUGACCCUCUUCAUAGUCUUGCCUUGUGUAUGACUUGUGCAGGCCACUAAUUGUAAUUAGAUUAAUUAGAAUUUUCAUUUUAGAGUGGGCUUUUUUAGCAUUUUAAAUGAGUCUAUUUGCCAUCUGGAUUGUUAAGUGUUAUUUAGUCAUAUUGGAAUUUCUCCACAAAAAUAAUAUUUGUUGUAGAUGACCUUAUUUAUUGACGUACUGAAAGGACUUUGUUAUGAGUUAGUCUCAUCUAUAAGAUGAUCCCAUGGCAUGUGCCCCAGAGAUACCAAUAUAGUGAGGCUGCACUGUGUUUUUUUAAAUGAAGACCCAUUGCUAUUAUUUUAAUCUCCUUCCUAGGACUUCUUUUUCUAGAUUUAAGAUUCACCCUUAGCUCCAGCGAUGCAGAGAACCUAAGCUUACCUGAAACAUGAACUCAUCUUCCUUUUAUACUAAUGGUAGCUUCUGUAAUGAUUUUAAUACCAGGUCUUUACUUUGAAGGCACGAAGGUUGAUGGGCACAGAGCACAAGUAAAUUCUUCCUAAUGAAAUAUGUUCUAUGCCAGUAGAUAUAGCUUUUUCAUCUCUCCAAAAAUAUCCUCAGAAGUAAACUGCAGGUAGACUAUUAAGCUUAUUAGCUCAAUGUGCUACUAGCAUUCUGAUGCUAAACUCGGCAUUUUUUACUUGAUGUUCCUGCUGACGACAUCUUUGUAUACAUACCAUACACUAUUAUAUGGUUAAUACAGAGAUUUUGGAUUUUAUUACACAACAUUUUGAGGUAAAUUUGGGGGCUCAAGAAGAUAGAUUAUGGUGAGUUUAAGUGAUAGCAUUUUGAAAUGCCAAGGUGAUUUUAAAAAAUAUUGUCAAAACUAAGGAAAGACCUAUAGUCUCUUACAAUGUGCUUGAAAUUGUAAGGCCUUUCAUGGCUCUUGGUUUAGCAUUUCUGCCAAAGAUGAUAUUGGCGGGUCUUUUUCCCAUCCUAACUUUAACAUAGUUUAAUCUUUUGAAGUCAGACCAUAUAAUAUUGAAAGGCAAUUUUCACAAUUCAUUUUUAGGAUAAAAUGUGGGGCAAAAUUUUGAUGAUUUGAAAUCAGCAAGGAUCUUUUGAUCAUUUUUCAGUGGAGCAGGAUAAAGGGGUCUUAAUCACUUAAUCACUUAACCCCUAGCCUCCUGGCCAAAUUGUAACUCAGGUAAUUAUUUUUGUGAUUUUAUACCUAUACUUCCUUUUCUUGGCUAUUCUCUCAUACUUAAUACUGAUUGAGUUGAAUUUUUUUUUUUAAAUUUCUCUUACUAUUCUGUAGUAUUGACACAUAACUAUCAGAUUGCUAUUAUAUGCUCCCACAAAAGUAGUGAAUACAUAAAAUCUUUUCUAAACAACCUAUAGUCCCUUGGAUUCCUUCAGUGAAAGGUGCUGUGAGUAGACACUUUCAAAACUCAUGUGUAUAUAAAGGAAAUAGAAGUCACUUUGAUUAAUUGAAUUAUACUUUGACAC